AAGAAGAAAACCGUGGUUUCUAGCCACAUCAACUUCCCUGCUGUUUGUGGUCAUAUUUACAAUGUUUGUGGUCUGUGACGUAAAAUCUGAGUGUUUUAAGUAAGAAUGUCUUCUGACCAAACGUAUCGAGAGCUUAGCAGCGAGCAGCUAACUUCUGCUGAGGAAUCAUUGACAGAAUUUAAUAACGUUGCCGUCAAAUAUGAAGAAGAGGUUGAUGGUCCGUCCAGACUGCUGGAUUUGACCCGGAUACCCCUAAUAAUCCUUCACCGAAUAGCUGCUGGAUGCACCAAAUAUCACCUGAGCUGAUGGAGACAUUUUCUUCCGCAGACUUGGUACAGCACAAUGUCAAGGAGGAGGAGGUUAAUACUGACCAACAGUUCUGUAGCCAGGAGAAGAAUUUCAGUUUGGACCAGAAGGAACCAGAACCUCUACAGAUAAAAGAAGAACAUGAUGAGCUAGAACAUCUGCAAAUAAAAGUGGAAAAAGAGCUUUCCUUAAAUAAGGAUGAAGAUCAACGUGUGUUGAAGCAGGAGACUGAUACCUUUGUGGUGACUCCUUCCUAUGAGGGUUUAUACCACACUGAACCUGAACCAAACAGAAACCCGUCUGUCUCUCAGGGCUCUGCUGAAGCUGAAAACCAGGAUCAGGAAAGAACCAAUCCUGAAGCUUCAGUGGCAACAAGAGAACACAGGGGUCAAAAAAACAGACAGCAUAAAGACCGUUUAAAACUAAAAGGGCACAAAAACAUUCAGAAACAUGAACUGUACUUGUGUAAAAUGUGUGAUGAAAAUGUUUCUCAAAAUGGUCACUUGACUAAAAAUAUUAGAAAUCACCCACGUAAAAACCCUGCUACAUGUGGGACCUGUGGAAAAAUGUUGAGUCCAAAAACCAAUGUAUCUCGUCACUUCAAACCUCACACAGGUGAGAAGCCUUUCUUGUGUAAACUAUGUGGAAAACGUUUCGGGUGGAAACAUCACUUAACUAACCACAUGAAUGUUCACACAGGUGAGAGGCCUUUCUCAUGUAAGCUGUGUGAAAAAAGUUUCAGUAGAAAACACAUUUUAUCUGACCACAUGAGAAGUCACACAGGUGAGAAGCCUUUCUCAUGUCAGCUAUGUGACAAAAGAUUCAGUAGAAAACAAAGUUUAUCCGACCACAUAAAAUUUCACACAGGUGAGAGGCCUUUUCUGUGUAGGAUUUGUGGAAAGAGUUAUAUUGUAGAAAGUAAUUUGAAAGCUCACAUGAGAAUUCACACCGGUUCAAAGCUUUUGUCUUGUAUGAUCUGUGGGAAGGUUUUCACACGUAAAUGUAAUUUAAGCGAUCACAUGAAAAGUCACACAGGUGAGAAACCUUUUUUAUGUACAACCUGUGGAAAAGGUUUCAGUAGAAGAAGUAAUUUAACUGACCAUGUGACAAUUCACACAGGCGAGAAACCUUUUUCAUGUAUAACCUGUGGAAAAUGUUUUCGCAGAAAAUGUUAUUUAACUGAUCACGUAAAAAUUCACACAAGUGAGAAGCUUUUCUCUUGUAUGACCUUUGGAGAAAGUUUCGAUCCCACUGCACAGUUAACUGAUCAUCUAAACAUACAUGAUGGUAAGAAAGAUUUCUUGUGUAAGCUUUGUGGGAAAAGUUUCACCUCAACAAGUAAGAUUAAUUGUCACAUGAGAACUCACACAGGUGAAAAGCCUUUUUCAUGUAUGACUUGUGGGAAGGUUUUCACACAAAAAUGUACUUUAGCUCGUCAUAUGACGAUUCACACUGGUGAGAAACCUUUUUCAUGUAUGACCUGUGGCAAAAGUUUCAGUAGAAAAUGUAAUUUAUCUGAUCACAUGAAAAUUCACGCAGAUGAGAAGCUUUUUCCAUGUCCGAUCUGUGGAAAACGUUUUGUUGUAAAUAUUUAUUUGAAUAGACACAUGAAAAUACACCAAAGCUAGAAGUCUUUCUCUUUUGAAUUUUAGAAAACAAAGACGGCAAAUAAAACUUCACAAGAGCUCACACAGGUUAAAGGUUUUUCAUUGUCAUCAUGUUUUAAAAAGUCCCACUAAUACCAGUCCUUUGACUGGCACCUGAAACCUCACAACUGGUAAGGGGUCAUAUUUUGAUUGUAGAAAAUCAGGCCUGAUAUUUGUUUAGCUGCAGCUUUUGAUUAAAACAAGUAAUAAACCUUUUGCCUGUUUGCAGUGUGAGAUUAAAGAUCAGCUGUAUGUUGGAUAAGAAUUUGUAAAUUAAACACUCAGUCCAAAGUGGGGUUUAAAUUUGCCUUGAAUAUCUGUAUUUUAACGUGUUUCUUUUAGACAAAGGUUUUAUGUUUAUGCUUUCUCUCUUUUUGCCUUGCCUUUGAUGACUGGUUAAGAACUUUGGAUUUCCUUGUCUAUGAACAGUACUUUCUAAAAAAAAAAUUUGCCUCUUCAACCUUUUUAUGUAGGGGAAUUGUGAUGAGAUUAUGAUCAUAAUGUAAUAUAUUAUUGUGAGUACGCCCAUAUCUAUCUUAACCCCUUAGGUUCCUUUUUUUAUUGAACAAACACUUUUUACCCAUAUGUCCCAAAAUGGUACCUCUUAUAAAAGUGUAAUAAAUAUUUUAUAUAUUUUUUCA